AGAUAGAUCAAUGUAAUUAUGGCUUCUCGAAGGAGAAUGCUUCUCAAGGUCAUCAUCCUCGGAGACAGCGGGGUUGGGAAGACGUCUCUGAUGAACCAGUAUGUGAAUCGUAAGUUUAGCAAUCAGUACAAGGCAACCAUUGGAGCUGAUUUCUUAACAAAAGAAGUUCAGUUUGAAGAUAGGCUGUUCACACUGCAGAUAUGGGACACUGCUGGACAAGAGAGGUUUCAGAGCCUCGGUGUAGCCUUCUACAGGGGCGCUGACUGUUGUGUUCUUGUAUAUGAUGUGAACGUCAUGAAAUCAUUUGACAGUCUCAACAACUGGCGCGAGGAGUUUUUGAUUCAGGCGAGUCCAUCUGAUCCUGAGAACUUUCCUUUUGUCUUGCUCGGGAAUAAAAUAGACGUUGAUGGAGGCAAUGGUCGAGUGAUUUCUAAAAAGAAAGCAAAAGCAUGGUGUGCCUCCAAGGGAAACAUACCUUAUUUUGAGACCUCAGCAAAAGAAGGAAUCAAUGUGGAAGCUGCUUUCCAGUGUAUAGCCACAAAUGCUCUCAAGACUGAACCGGAGGAAGAAACUUACAGGUAUUUUCCGGAGACGAUUGAUGUGAGCGGUGAAGGGCGCCAUCACAGGUCUAACGGAUGCGAAUGUUGAACCAGAAGCGAACGGGUUUCUCAUCAUGAGGCAUGCUGGUAUUUACCCGUUUUCAUUGAUAUCAAAAUUCUUGAUAUAGAUUUUAUUCUGAUGAACCCCAUUACGUGUUCUAUUAGAAUUACCAGAUGAAAUCACCCUUAGAUUCUUGGCUUAACAAAUUUCUUGUUUAUUUGAUUUGAGUUAAUGAUAAUAAUGUAUUGGAGUAAUUCCUCAGGCAACAAUACAUCUAAUGGUUAUAACAAUGCUCUAAUAACCAUUUGUUGUAUAUUUUUUAGAGUCCUUCGUUGCUAGACUUGACCAUACGUUUAGUACGCAGUAUAAGACAAGACAUGACAGAACAAAAACUUAUUCUCACAUUUAGUGUGUUAAUAGAAUAGGACAGGAAAUGGACUUAGUGGACAGAAAUGCAGACGAAAAUAUGUGGAACAAAUAUCAAGGAGAUUAGACAAGAUUGGUAGGUUACAAAACUAUUCUUGUCAAAUUAAAACCCUAAAACUUUCAACAAUUCUUUCCUCCUCACACAAAUCAAUAUCAAGACACUGCUUUUUAUAUACACAAUACAUAAUUUGACCUGAUUCUGACAUAAAAAAGAUGCAUAUAACAUUAUCCUUUAAUUAUUACAAGUAUCAUGAACAUUCUACACAAUUCAAAGAAGGGUAGGCUAAAUGCAUCCCUGCCUAGUAAUUUCCUUCUUACACAUCAACAUCAAAACUCACUUUUUGCAUUUUCAAUGUAUAAUUUGACCUGAUUUGGACAUUAAAUGAGGUGCAUAUAGCAAUGCCCUUCAUGAAACUUUAUACAAUCUUGGAUGAUGUUUUUCUUGGUUGCGUCGGGGUGGCAAUUGUGUGAAAAAUCAAACUCGGAAGAACUUGAACCGUAGCAUUCUCCUUCGGCUUCUUGUGAUGCAUAGUCAUGGAUACCAGUUCUUGUUUCUUAUUUUCUUUCAUGUGAAACCAUCUUACUCUAUCUCCUUUGAACCAAUGAUGGAUAGUAAUUGCGUUGCAUGUAAUAGAAGAAUUUGUAGAAAAUGAACAUCAAUUUCUUCCCUUUCUCAAAUAUCCCAAGGAAAGCAAAAUACUCGUUAAAAAAUAAGCCAAUAUGAAAGGGAGCAUUACCAAAACAAAUGACUUAAAGAGACUGGUUGGUUGGUUUUCAUUCACAUGUUGUAUGGAUAAAGCAUUUUUCCUAUGAAAAAUGCUUCCUUACAAGCUUACUGAAUAAGCCAUUUUUUAUAUCAAAAACCCAUUACUGUUUUCAUACAUAACUAACCAAAUAAGCUGUGGAGCCCAUUAAGCUUAUUAAUACACUCCAAGAUUGCCAUAUUAAAGAGACUAAGCGCAGCUGAUUAGUUGCCAUUUCUCAUAGAUCCAUAAAAGACAUGAACCCAGAUGAACGAUCCCUUAAGGAUGCACCAU